GUUGUUUUAGGGGACACAAUCAUAAAGUUUACUCGAGCUUUUUCUGACUGCAAGCGACGACAAGGUAUCUCUGAACUGCCAUAAAUGGAAAUAGUGUGCCUUUUUUUUUUCUUUUCUGGAGGAGUGAAUGAACAUCUCAGUUUUUCUUGAUUGGAGAGCGACAUGAGUUGAGUCUCAUUACUUUAAAAAAAAAAAAAAGAAACGCUUAUUGCCGGGAAAGACUACAGUCAUGUCAAACAACGAGGAGAGUCUGGAUGAGGAUACAUUUUUCCUGCCGGUGGAUGAGUCCUCCCCGGAGUUCAUCUAUAGUGAGAAGGAGAGAGAAGCAGUGGAGAAGCUGCUGAGCGCUGGGCCAGAGGCUUUCUACUCAGUCGUCAAAGAGCUCCCCGACUGCUUCUUAUCCUCUGAAGAGGUCAGCCAGUUGAAAAGCUGGGUUCAGAGCUACUCUUUCAACGAUCCGCGGCUACAACAUGAGAAUGGAGCAGAGAGCAUGGCAGAAAUGGAGGACCUCUGUUCCAAUUACUUUCCCUGCCACUCAGACGUGCCAGUCCCGGGCCUGGAGUUGGGCUGGCCUCAUAAAACCCCCUGGUCGGUAACGGCAAGUGUCACAGUCCACACCAGCCCUCCUGCAGAAGGGGAACCUUCAGUCAGAGAGGUGAUCAGACGGCAGUUACAAAGAGCCAGACAAGUAAUUGCCAUCGUGAUAGACAGACUGACAGAUAGUGCAAUAAUUGGAGAUUUACACAGUGCUGCCUCUCGGGGCGUCCCUGUCUACAUCAUCCUGAACCAAAGGUCCAUUCAGGAGAAGUUCUCGUCCAACAGGCUCUGGCAUCCAAACAUACGGGUCCGAGCUCUUGGUGGGAGAAGUUUUGGUUUAAGGGAUGGAAGAAAGCUGGUUGGGGAAAUGAAUGAGAAAUUCCUUCUGGUGGAUUUAGACACAGUGAUUCACGGCAGCUACAGCUUCACCUGGACGGAUACCCACCUGCACCGGCAGCUGAUCACCGUCCUGAGGGGACCGGCUGUUGACGCAUUUGACCGGGAGUUCAGGACUUUGUAUGCUAGUUCACUCCCGGUUCUUUCCACUGCAACCCAUGAGCAGAGAGUCCUUAUCAACACAGCCGGAUACUUCAGACAGAAGAAAAAGGAGCAGGGAGUUCUUAUCAACGCAGCCAGCUCCUUUAGAAAGAACAAAAAGUUUGUCACUUUUUAUUCCUACUGGAUGGAGUGCAGCAUGGAGAGAGACACUUCCAGGCACCACCCCACAGAGAGGAACAUGACUUUAUAUACCAGAAAUACAUCUAGAUAUGAUGACAAAGCAAACGAGGAAACGUACAGGCGUUACUCUUUUCAGGCAAGGAGGUACUCUAUUGCAGAAGAGGAGAGUAAAACAGAUGAUAUUGCAAAAAAAAUGGUGAACAAGCCAUCUUCUAGAAAGCCGAUAAUCUUGAGCGUGCACAGGGACGAGAACUUCAGCGCUCUGAGCGACAUCAUGAGGAAAAUACCACAGACCAGUUCAGGACUGCUUAAGAGAGAAUCAAAGAGUAUACAUACCCAGUCCAUGUGGGAUCUGAGCAAGGAAGAUGCAGCUACAAAUCAUGAAAAGAAAGGAGUCUCAGUGCCGAGAUAUACCAGGCCCACUUAUGAGCCAUCUUACAUAACACCUGGCCUUGCCCUGAUGGAAAAGAGGAACGACAAAGUGAGGUCCACAUUAAUGCCCACAGAGAGGCCUCGCAGUUACACUUUUCUCGGUGUGGACUCGGGAAGGAAGAAAGGAGGAGCGGGAGAAAACCAUGAGUGA